GGAUCGCUGCCCCCGGCGCCUCCCACGCCCCCCCGGCCGGGCGCGGCUAUAAGGAGCGGCGGGGGCGGAGGAGGCGCUCGGCGGCGGCGCGGAGCGACGGGGCGGCAGCGGCUGCAGGUCUGGGGACAUUGCCGGCACCAUGCGCCAGCUACGGGCCCUGCUCUGCCUCUGCCUGCUGGCCCAGGUGGCCCUGGCUUCCCGGGUGCGCACCCGCCGGGAACUGGCCCCCGGCUUGUACGAGCACGGGGUCUACGAUGCCGGCGGGUCCUACUGCCAGCGAGGGGAUGUCUGCUGCCACGGCCGCGAUGAUGGCUGCACCGUGCCCUACCAGGACACCCUCUGCUACUGCGACCUCUUCUGCAACCGCACCAUCUCCGAUUGCUGUCCUGACUUCUGGGAGUACUGCCUGGGCAUCCCGGCCCCCUUCCCCAAAGCCCCAGGCUGUGCCCGUGCCGGCCACACCUACCCCACCGGAGCCACGUACCGGGAGAACUGCAACCUGUGCACCUGUGGCCCUGGCGGGCAGUGGCAGUGCGAGGACCAUGCGUGCCUGAUGGAUGGGGAGCUGAUCGACGCUGUCAACAGGGGCAAUUACGGCUGGAGAGCCGCCAACUACAGCCAAUUUUGGGGCAUGACACUGGAGGACGGGAUCCGGUACCGCUUGGGCACCUUCCGACCCUCUCCCACCGUCAUGAACAUGAACGAGAUGCACAUGAACAUGGACUCCAAUGAGGUGCUGCCCCGUCACUUUGAUGCAGCCGCAAAGUGGCCGGGGAUGAUCCACGAGCCCCUGGACCAGGGCAACUGUGCCGGCUCCUGGGCCUUCUCCACAGCGGCCGUCGCCUCAGACCGCAUCUCCAUCCACUCCAUGGGGCACAUGACGCCCGCCCUGUCACCCCAAAACCUCCUGUCCUGUGACACCCGCAAUCAGCGGGGCUGCAGCGGGGGCCGGCUGGAUGGCGCAUGGUGGUACCUCCGCAGGAGAGGGGUGGUGACAGACGAGUGCUACCCCUUCACCAGCCAGCAGAGCCAGCCGGCAGCACAGCCCUGCAUGAUGCACAGCCGCUCCACGGGCCGCGGCAAGCGGCAGGCGACGGCACGGUGCCCCAACGCCCAGACCCACGCCAACGAGAUCUACCAGUCCACCCCCGCCUACCGCCUCUCCUCCAGCGAAAAGGAGAUCAUGAAGGAGCUGAUGGAGAAUGGCCCUGUGCAAGCCAUCCUGGAAGUGCACGAGGAUUUCUUCAUGUACAAGAGCGGGAUCUAUCGGCACACGCCGGUGGCCGAGGGGAAGGGGCCGAAGCACCAGAAACACGGGACCCACUCGGUGAAAAUCACUGGGUGGGGAGAAGAGCAGCUGCCUGAUGGCCAGACCCAAAAAUACUGGACGGCGGCCAACUCCUGGGGCACGGCGUGGGGCGAGGGCGGCUAUUUCCGCAUCGCCCGCGGUGUCAACGAGUGUGAGGUGGAGACCUUCGUCGUGGGAGUGUGGGGCCGCGUCAGCAUGGAGGACAUGCCCCACAAAUGAGCACCCCACAGCCACACAGCCCCGCAGGUGUCCUUGUCCCCACGCUGCCCAGCACCGCAGCUCCUCCGUCCCCUCCUCGGGGUACCCAUCAGGUGGGACCCCCGUGCUGCUGGGCAGGGGGAGGGGACUGGCCCCGGGCAGGGGGCCGCGUGUCCCCACUGUGCUGACGCAGCGGCUGGGUGCAGCGGUGCGUGCAUGGGGGGUGCGUCCCAUGGGAUUUACCCGCUAAUCCCCCUGCCCCAGGCUCGACUGGGCUGCACUGGCAGCUGGGGGCUCAUGCUGGCAGUCAUGGAGGGGGGGGCGCAUUGCAGUGGAACCUGUGGGGCUCCUGUAACCCCUAACCCCCCCACCAUGAGCAGCCAUGGAGCUGGGGGCUUACGGUAACUCUGCGGGGGCCUGAGGGGGGGUUUGUCCAUCCCCCCUGGGUUGGGGAGUGGGCUGGGGUCCCCCUUGCCAGUCCCUAUGGUGCUAUGGCCACUGCCACCCUCCCAGAGUGUCCCUGUCCCCAUGGGCCAACAGCUGGGGAACACACAGCAGCACAGCCUGGGUUCCCUCUUACCCCCCCUCCAUGGCUGUACUUUUAAGACUUUUUGUAUUUAUUUUGCUUUUUAUUAUUUGUAAAUAAACUCAUUGAAGCCUC